AUUUCUGCGGCAAAAUUUAUUAUGGUGCAAUCAUCAUGUCAUUAACUUAAUUUAGGAUCCAGUCAUAUUUCUAAACAAGGCAAAAGAUCAAGGGAAAUUCGCUUGCAUUUCACACGAAUGGAAGACCAAAAAGCCACACAACUCCAAGGUAGAAAAUACCAAGCAACAAUUCAGCUAACCAAGCAAAAACUAAAAGCAGUGAACUGAAGAAUAACGCGCAAAUAUCCAAGGCCGAGCAGAACUUUUUGAAUUAGGGAAUGCUUACCGGGAGACGCGGGGCAAAGCGAAAGCACCGCUGCUAAGCACGAAAUUGUAAAGCAAACAUAUCGGACAACAAACCCCUCGAAUAGGGGCAAUGUGCAACUGACAUCUCCCUUAUAACCCAACAUCAUUGUGCUGCAGCUGAAAAUGAUUUCCAUAAUUGAACUGCACCAACGAAUGUAGAAAUCCCAUCAAAUCUUUGGCUUAACUUCCUAACAAGAGUCGCAAUUGCGUUGGGAAGUGAACAACUAAAAAUUCGAUUACAGUUGCUCCCCAUCAGACAUCAUCCAUCAUUUGGUUCAACAAAGAUCCUUCCCAGAUAUCCUUGUGAGAAGGGACGAAAAACACGACACGACAUUUUAUUAAGCACAGGGAAUAAAAAUAAAAAGUACAUGAAAAAUGAUACAAACUAAUAUGAUUAUGACCAACCAAACAACAAUAUUCACACAAUAGAAAAGCAUUGUAAUAUGGACCAAUAACAAUAAGCUUUCGCAGAAGGAAGCGUACAAAAAACACACACGGAAGUUGAACGAAAUUCAACAAGAAUAGAAGCGGCAGCAGCUAAAACGAGAACUAUAGAAAAACACAAUCGAAUUAAUUUUAUUGUCAUUGCAAAAUAAUAGCAACGCGUAACGUCAUAUAGAAACCCCCCACUCAGAGCAUUACAUGCCAAAUAAAACUGAAAGGAGCGAAGACAUUUCCUCCAGGGUGUAAUUUAUCAUUGCUGGUCGAGCGAUUAGGAAGGAGUCGUUGCAAAACGUUGUAGCGUACCAAAGGAAGAGGGCAUCGCAAAAGACGAUUCAUUAUAUUUUCGUUCUUGGACGUUGGUAAGAAGACGGUGCGCAGAGAAGAGGCAACGGGGGACCGAAGGAGCUCAACCACGUUUCUAGGAGCACAAUCAAGCGGAUGUUAAGCGUGUGACAAACACCUUCAGGUCCUCCUACUACUUCUGAACUACGCCAAAAUCAUCAUUGGUCCUGUAGCAGGAAGUGAAAUUGAAGGAGCUGCCACAAAUGUUGCCCAUAUUAACGCCAAUGCAUUUGCUGGAAAUACGUAUCAUCCUACUCUGCCUGCCAUCCAUUUUACUGGCGACGACAUUGGAACCAGAUCAAAAGUCAAUACUUACCGAUAGCGAUUGGAAGAAGCUAUGGAUGAGAGGAGGUAUAAAUCCCGAUUCAAAAUUCGAUAGCAACAACCUCGACUCUAGUGACAGUCCAAUGUUUGAAGACAGCGAAAUGAUGGCGCAUAACACGACCGUCCAGCUAGGUGGAACAGCGUUCCUGGUCUGCAAAGUUUCCGGCGUGGAUAGAGUGGGUGUAAAUUGGAAUCAGAUAUCUUGGAUACGUCGCCGAGAUUGGCAUAUUCUGUCGUCCGGUGCUCAACUUUAUACAAACGAUGAACGUUUUGCCAUACUGCAUACACCGGGAUCAAACAUGUGGACACUGCAGAUAAAGUUUGUGCAACGACGAGACCAUGGCAUGUACGAGUGUCAGGUUUCAACCCCCACUGGCAUCAUAUCGCAUUUUGUUAAUCUCCAAGUGGUUGUACCAGAAGCAUUUAUAUUGGGCUCUGGUGAAUUGCAUGUCGACAUGGGAUCAACAAUCAAUCUGGUUUGCAUAAUAGAAAAGAGCCCAACACCACCACAAUAUGUAUUUUGGCAAAAGAACGAGCGACUGAUCAAUUAUUAUGACUCUAGACGGGAUAUAUCAAUCGAGACAACACCGGGCCCACGAACGCAAAGCCGCCUAAUCAUACGAGAGCCCCAAAUUUCGGAUUCUGGAAAUUACACAUGCUCGGCGAGCAACACGGAACCAGCAAGCAUAUACGUCUUUGUGUCAAAGGGAGAUAACAUGGCGGCUAUAUCCAGAAGAAAAACUUCAUCUGCCGACAGAAUCGCAGCCAUAUUCAUGUACGUAGUGGCACCCUGUGUCUUGGUGAAUACAUUAGGAAUGCGGCGAAUCUUUCUUACUUAAGACUUUUCCUUAUAGCCAUCUUUAGAUGAAUGCAGUGUUAGUAAAUUAAAUCCUAUUUAAGUAAAAUUUACAAAUGUUAAGAUUUAAUAUAAAACUCUAGUCAUGUAUGUACUAUAAUAACUAAAAGUUUAUGUAUAUUUAGCAAAUAUUGUAAUUAGUGUUUAUCAGUUGUUUAAACAGACAGCAAACAAGCCGACACAAAUCCAAAUAAACGUCUAACAAAAAUAUUUCAAAUUAUAAAUGUACAUUUUAGACGAACGACAGAAGGACAAGGCAAGUGCAAUCAGUGUCAAAUAUCACCACACAAGUUCACAGCAAAUGAACUCGACUUACUAAACUAAAUACCAUGCAAAUUCGUUAAAAUGCAAUUAAUUAAAAUAGAAUUUGAUUGCCCAACAUUAAGCCCACAUACACACUCACCCUGGGCCACCAUCCAACCAUCCACUCAUUGUCCAUGCCAAUCCUUGGACUCGUGUACAGAUCCAACGACAUUCUCAGAAUCCAACAAUUAGCCAGAUAAAAUUCCAGACACUCAUAAUUGCAUUCCAAUCGAUUGCCGUAUGUCAUUUUAGUUGCAAUCAAAUCUUUUGUACAUACUUCAUGGAAAUUACAUAAAAUCUAAGAUUUGUUAGAUUUGAGUGUUUGCAAGAUUAGAAGCAAAAAAACACACACACACACACACAAAGAAAACAACUACUAUAAUAAAACGAAAAAACCUUUAACAAACAAAAAGAAUUUGUUCAAAUGCAUUUUUAUAAAUAAACUAUAUAAGUAAGAUACAGGCAAACACUGUGACAUUGCAAAUAACCAAGUAAGGAACUAAGCCAACCCAACCAUGGAACACGAAAAGUAAAUUAAAUUUAAAUCACUCCAAACACGUUGCACCAUAUAUAUCGAGUGCGGAAUUGUGAAUGCAAGCAACUAUACACAUACAUACACAUACAGUGUGUGCGAGUACGAAUAAAUUAUGUUCUUUCUGCCACUCCCCUCGCCCCCUUGAAAAUUUGCAAGGCUGAGUCAAUAAACCGUUUAAGCUGGAGAGUAAAGCGCAAAGCUUUUAAAGUUUAGAAAUUAAAUUAAUUUCACAUGCAUUUAAUAUUGAAGAAAAAUACCAAAAAAAAAAAAUACAUCCUUCCACACAUUUCCACAAGUCAGGUAGUCUCACACAUAAACAUAUAUAUGUAAGUUGAUUAAAUUUUGUAUCUGUAAAUUCAAGUUUUAUGCGAAUGGCGAAUAUCUGGAUAAAAAGGUUGCAAAAAAAGACACGAAUGGGAAAACAGGGGUGGUGAUUAGUUCAUUCACUAUCAUACGACUACUAAAGGCUCUAUUACACGGCAUGCAGAUGUCUUAUGACACGUCAAAUUUAGCACAUGUUGAGUUGUACAUGGCGUGUGAUACAAAUGAAACUAACAUAUGAAAAAAACUUUUCAAAAUAGCACAUGUCUUAUGACAAAAACAUGAAGAACUCAGCUGUUUUUUGUCAGUCGGAUGAAAGUAACCCCAAAUUAAAUUGUUUUCACACAUUUAUGAUUUAAUCAACUUUCUUACAACUUUAUCAACUUCUACGCAUGAAAAAAUUAGCUUUUGCUCAAAUUUUUAAGUUUACAUACAGUUGUGAUAGCAAAAAUGAUGAAUCGUAGGUAAAUUGACAAUUUUGACAAACAUUUUGAAUAACAUGUGCCCACAAAAAGUGACAUGUCAUAAGAAAUCUACAUGCCGUGCAAUAGCGCCUUAACUAUUCUUACGAAUUGUUAGUCAGUUGCAUACUUAAGUGUUCUAUACGCGAUUUUUUUGUUCGAGAAAAACGGGAUGCACGGUAUGCAGCACCGAAACAAGUCGUUUAUAUGUCAAAUUGCAAAUGCAAAAUUUGCCCAUGAACAUUCCGCUAAGGAACAUGAGCAAACUUCUCACAUAUCAAUGAGCGAGUGUCAAAUUGCUACAGUGAAAUUCUAAUUUAUUUUGCAAUUCCGGUAUUUGAAUACAAAGCCGUAUUUAAAAGUUACUCGAAAGCCGAACUCCUGAUCUCAAAUCGUGGCAAGAAAACUCCGCGGUGGGUUUUCCGUCACUAAUGCUAGCGACAUUUGUAAGCCAUAUAAAGCAACUCCACGCUAUGCCUUUUGGAUUCAAACUAAACUCUGACAUCAUUCAUAGAUUUGUGAGAAGUCUCCCUGCUGUACAUUAAUGGAAGGUUUGUCUGUUAUAUACGCAAAAUACAAUUAAAACAAAUAGCCGAAACAUUCCCAAUCAUUCCAACCGACUUAGAGAAUAUUGUACACUUUUGAAUUCAGUAUGCACAAAUAAUUUCUAGGGCAUUUUGUUGCCAAAAAAUGUAUUUUCGAUAGAAAAGUAUAACGACCUUUAAGACGCAGCGAGCGUAUCAACCAUACACAAUCGAGUUUCUCCUUAUAAUACUUUUCCAAAACCGAGGAUCUUUCAGUUAAAGGAACCAGCGAGAGUAUCCAUAAUAAAGACACACAUUUCCAUAUAUACUCUAUACGAUGAAGAUCUCUCGCUUUCUUCCAAGCCUAUUAGGUUAGGUUUAGUGACAGUGUACCAUCAGACUUACUUCGUUCCGCUGAACUAACCUGAACGCUUUAAAAAGCCCAACAAUUUGCCUAUGUUCACAUGCGUUAUUUCAGACAAGUCCUUAAAGAAAUAGGAACCUAAAGUGUAACUCCUUCUGCUUCCCAGUUCGGGCUACACACAAAGCAGAUGUUCUAUUGUCUUCUCUUUCUUAAACCUUCAAUGUUUCCGCAGAAGUCGUUACUAACAACCUUCGGGUCUGAUCCUGAAAACUUAGCUUACAUGUCGCUAAAGACAUAUUCACAGAUUCCAGUUCUCCGCAAAUGUGUGCGGUAAUUCCUAGUCUCACAAGCUUGGCAGCUCUUAAAGUCUCUGGGAUAUCUCUGUGGACCAGCACCCAGAACAGGUGAAUUUGGAUGUUUUCCGACAUUUCGUUGGGAGAUCUGCGAAAGUAGAGCGCAAUUUUUUUUUUCAGAAAUAUGUACCCUUGAGAUUUAAUUACUGCCUGGCCAUUCAUCACUUCUUCAAUCGCAACAAUCUCCGCUUGCUAAAUCUACGAUGGUAGGGUAACCUUCUCGACAUGACCGGUCCUUGUUCGUCAGAGUACGCCCCAAAACCCACCUGGUCGUUUAGUUUGGAACCAUCCGCAUAGGAGUCUAUUUAACAUCUAUUACCAGAGAUAUUGUAGUUCCAAUCGGUUCUAUCCUGAAAAGUAUUUUUAUUAAAAAACGGCUGAGGUAAUGUGUAAUACACACUGCCUGCAACAUCGAGCAUUGUACCAAGAAUAUCAUAGUGUCCGUAGCCGCCGCAUUGUCAAAAAAAAAAAAAACUCUCUUAGCUGUCUAGCAGGUGUAUAGGGCAAGAGUUAUCUUUCUUCCCCUUUCCAAAAUGUUUAAUUUUAAGUUCAAUUUCUUCUUCAGCAAAACACCCAGGUAUUUUCCGUUCUCUGUAAAUGGAAUAUUCUCUCCACACAAGGAGACAGGUGCCGCACGAAUUUCUGUUUUUUACACAAACAUAAAAGGAUACGGCAGACCUCACGGGCUACGCCACACGUAUCAGCUCCAACAUGAUACCCAACAAUAAACGCUCACCCUCACAGAAGACCGAUCACAACCAUAAAGGUAAAGUGAAACAAUGAAGAGUAAACGCAACAGCACUAAUAUGUGCAAGGCAGGUGCAGGCCUAUAUCGGACUAUAUCUUGAUAUAGCCCCCAUAUAGACCGAUCCGCCGAAUUAGGGUCUUAGGCCCAUAAAAGCCAUAUUAAUUAUCCGAUUUUGCUGAAAUUUGGGACAGUGAGUUGUGUUUGACCUUUCGGUCCAGAUUUGGAUAUAGCUGCCAUAUAUACCGAUAUCUCGAUUUAAAGUAUUGGCCCCAUUAAAGGCGCAUUUAUAAUCCGAAUUCGCUGAAAUUGGACACAGUGACUUAUGUUAGGCUUUUCGAUAUUCGUAUUGUAUAUGGUUCAGAUCUGUCUAUGUUUGGAUAUAGCUACCAAAAGGACCAAUAUUUUGUUCUACAAAAUUGAACAAAGACAUGUAUUGUACUUAUUAGACCAAUCAAUGUCUGUGCCGAAUUUGGUCCAUAAAUUUGGGGACAUCAUUUAUGCAUUUUCCACCGGACUAUGACGAGAGGUGGUUUACAUAUAUACCCGAGGUGGUGGGUAUCCAAAGUUUGGCCCGGCCGAACUUGACGCCUUUUUACUUGCUUCCUUUAUUACAAUUGCAACUUUUAAUUUAUUUACGCCUGGGGGAUGUGCUUUACCAUCAUUUCAAACAAUGAGACCCCUUUUUUCCUGCAGAUGCCACUUCAACCAGUAACUUAAGGAUUGAGGACAGCAGCAACUUUAAAUCCGCGUGCCAUGAAAACGAACUUUAGUUUCGCCGAAAUUUGUCUGCAAAAACCGGACCAUAUUCAGGGCUCUGAUUUUCCACUACUAUUACAGUAGCCUCGUCGUUUGAAUCCAAGAAUUCAUCCUUGCAACACUCGUUCGAUCUUGUCAUGACUUCAGGGCACUAGAGAAAGCAUUAAAGCCUAAUAUGCUUCAUCAGCUGCUGCUGUCGAAUUACCCCCUGAGUUCCUUUCUUCCCCGAUGGCUCACACCUUGAGUCUAAUCCAACCGGAUGAGAUCUGCCAGACAGCCUGAGUUUAGUCUCCGAUUGUCAUCAGCCUCAUUCAAUCUUCCAGUCAGUGGUUGCAAGAUUGAGAUUGCAAUCCCUUAGUCACCCAAGAAGGAUUCACGGCCUGAAUGACCCCAUGUCACUCAAGAAUUAGCAAAAUCCGUCCGUUCGGGUGCGCCGUCAAAGCUUGACACACAAAAACGCACUUUUCCAGUUAUACUUUGCAUCGAUUAAUAAUCCAACCAAUAAACUGUUGUGUAAUUAAAUCCCCUGAACUGGUGGAAGAUUCAUAGAGGAAGAAUACAAGAGGCCUAUACAAACUUUGGUUUGUAAAUAGUCAUAUUGUAAAUCUCUAAAUUGCAUUUGAAAUAAGUAAUGUUAUAAACACCGUUUAUGUUUUAAAAAACUUCUACUAAAGAAACGCGCCAAGCAAACAUAUUAGCGCACUCAGUCUCACAAGCAUAAAUUGAUUUAAUAGGUGGUUCUGCUGCAAAUUGAAACUACAAAUGUAGUUCCGCGGAUAUAUUUCAUGUUUAUUGCCAUUAACAUGAAUAAUGAUAUGGUAAAUCGCAUGAUUUAUUUCACUCGCUUUUUCCUACCCUACUCUGCGCAAACACUAUCAAUUAAUUAACGCCAUUAAUAUUUACACUAUUAAUUAUUUUGAGGAUGAACACAUGAAUAACUGUCCCUGCAAAGUUUACAAAGCAGUCGAGAUUACUCAUAGAGUUCAACCCUGCAACCAUUCGUCAUUUUACAAUAAUGUACAGGAAUGAAACAAUUUAAAAACUACCUAUCUGUUUCCAGUGAUAUAUUCAAUUGGGAUUUCGUUUGCCCGAGGAAACUGCUAAAGUGCAAACUAAUUAAUGCAAUAAUUGUAUAAUGAAUUAUAUGUUUGUGGCCAGCUAACAUUUGCCAAGGGCAAAGUUGUUUCAAUUCAUUUUUGAAAUAUAUAUGCCUCGAGAUGUAAAGAUGCCACUUGCACAUAUAUUUUUAAUUAACCAGAAGCGUGUUAGUUGACUUUAUUUCUGAGAUACCAAUACUUCUUCAAAAUGCAAACUUGCCUACGAAGAUUAAAUAAGAGGAAAAAGUGGUGGCUGUGGUUGUUCAUAAUCAAACAUGCCAAUUUUCAUAUAAUUAUCAAUAAAUGUCACAAUAAUGAGCUGCAGAUCCGGGAGCUAUGGCAGUCAAGUGGACGUUAGCAGUGAUAUGGUAGCGAUGCUGUGUCUAUGUCCAACGAUCUGCUGUUUAGAUUUGUUAUCUUCAAUAACUUUUCAAAAAUCAAAUCUUUUCAAAAACAAAGUAACCGCCAGUAUAAUAGAAGCAAAAUUUUAAUAAAGACUUAAAUAUUUUUUUAAAUUGGAAAUUUCUAUUCAUACAUUUUUCGUAAAAUAUAUAUUUUGGUUUAUAUAAUUUUAUUUUGUUUAGUUUACGUCUCAUUUAGUUUAAUUUUUCGCAUAUUAAUUAAAAGUUAUUUAUUAUUAUCAUUAUCAUUUAUUUCAGUUUCUUCUUUUUGGCUUAAUUUACUAAUCGCGGAAUGGUGGUAAAUCUAGAACAAAUGAAUAGAAAUGGGAUAAUCUCACUGAUCGAACUGUAUUUAUUUGUAGUAAGGUAUCGAACCCACAAAAUGAGCCCAUUCAUCCGAUUUCGGAACAGUUAAUGUCAGUAGAACUCAACAAAUAUUUCAAACAUAGUCCAGGUCUUAUAUCUGGCAUAAGACAGAUCUCCCUACUUAAGCCAAAGGGCCUAUAAAAUACGCAAGAUUUCCCCACAUUCAUGCUGAAUAUGGUCCAGAUCGGGCCAUAGAUUCCAACUGAGGCCAUAGAUUCCAACUGGGGCCAUAUCGUUUACUGCUGCCCAUAAUUUAGAGCAGUUGUAUCUUUUCAUGUUAUCACUAUUAGCUUAUUUAUAUUUAUCUAGGAAAGGUCAAAUGUUGCCAGAGCCACUGCAAACACAGAUGACCAAUCGUCAUUAACCACACAUGAUAAGCUUUAACACGGGAGCUAUAUUAUAAUCUGAUCAGACUCUAAUGAAAACAUGUACACAUAUUAAAAGUAUACAUUAUGUGCAAAAUGUGGAGUAGGUUGGGUUAGGUUAAAGUGGCAGUCUGACAUAACUCUCACUUAGUCGUUUCCGUUUAUUGUGAUACCACAGGAACAGAAGAAGGAAGGUGCCUUCUAGUUCCUACCUUUGAAACAUCCAGAUCGCUUUAAAAAGCCCAACAUCUUGCGAAAGUUAACAUCUGCAAAAUUGGACAAGUUCUCAAAGAAAUGAGAACCUAACGUGGGACUUUCGACAGUCAGUGCGGGACACAUACAUAGCAGAUGUUCUAUAGUCUCUUCUUCCUCGACGUCCUCACAGCUUCGGCAAAAGUUCUUACUAGCCACCUUCAGUCUGUCAGCAUGUUUUCCGAUCAGACAGUGACCUGUCAUAACGGACACAAUGACUGAAACGUCUGUUCUAGCCAGUAGACCUCUUCAAGUCUAGAUUAGGCCACAUAAUUUUGGAAUGCUCAGAGCCCCCUCUUUGUGACCAUCUAUCAUUCGUUGUCCUUCGGGCCUGAUCCUGAAGACUUAGCUUACAUGUCGGCAUACCCACAAAUUCCAGUUUCCAGAGGUAGGUAGUUCUUUGUGGCUUUCGCUGAGUUAAAGAGUUUUCUGCAGUCCAUCCUUUUAAGUAAAUCGGAUUAAAUAGUGGAUUCUACAAAUCGAGAAUUUUUGGAAAAACCUUUGCUGUUAGACCUUUUAUUUGAACCGUUUAAACCAAAAUUUAUUACGAUUUAAACUUUAUAAAUAAACUAGCUGACCCGGUACGCUUCGCUUCACUCCAAAACAACAUCAAACAUUUAGAGCAAUUUGUUUAGUGUAUUUCUCAACUACUUUCUAUACCGUAUCACAAAGCUGCUAUAUUGAAUACAAAAUUUUCAAAAAUUCGUUUUGUCCUGAACGGCCUUUAUGUUUAUUUUUCUUAUAAUUUCAUUAAUUCGUAGUACCAGUAAUGAUCUUAUAAAUUACAGUACUGGAAUAUAUAUUACAAUAAAUAUUUACGUUGCAAGGUUACUUACUUUAAUUGGCUAUGACAGAACAUGUGUUCCACUUGCCGAACUUAGAAUAGCGUUCCACGCGCCUCGAUCUUCUGCGCUCAUUCUAAAAUCUCUGACACCAAGUUUCGAGGUGUGUCCCACCACUUGAUCUUUCCAUCGAACUUUAGGUAUUCCCGGUUUGCGUGUACCACCAUGUUUGCCUUCAAAGGAAUUCUUUGCUGGAGGUAGAUAAAGUUACUGACUAUCUCAAAGUUGUAGUUCCCAACUUUCUCCAUUUUCUUUAUCUCCUCGGUUGUACAAGUUGUUUUGGGAGUUGAAACCAUCAAUUUCGUCUUAUCUCCAUUUACUGCCAGACCCAUUUUCACUGACUCUCUUUCGAUUCUUUCAAAGGCAGCAGUUACUACUUUCGGUGACCGACCUAUGAUAUCGAUGUCGUCGGCAUAGGCGAAUAGCAUGUGUUCUCUUGUGAUUAGUGUGCCAUAUCGAUUCACAUCUGCAUCUCGUAUAAUCUUCUCCAACAGAAUAUUAACCUCGUUUGGUAUUAAAUGGUUCGGAAAGAUUCCUUCCUAUUCUUACUGAGGAACGCGUAUCAGCAAGUGUCAUCCUGCAGACUCUUAUUAAAUUUGCAGGGAUACCAAACCCAGACAUGGCUUGAAAUAUUUUUGAACGUAUAGGGGUACCGAAAGCGGCUUUGUGGUCAACAAAGAGAUGGUAGGUGUUGAUUUGUCCUUCUCGGGUCUUUUCCAGGAUUUGGCGCAGUGUGAAUAUCUGGUCUAGGGUGGAUUUACCGGGUCUAAAGCCGCAUUGAUAGGGCCCAAUAAUCUCAUUGACUUUAGGGUUUUAUCUUUCACACAGUACGCUCGAGAGUAUCUUGUAUGCGAUGGGGAGGAUACUUAUUCCUCUGUAUUUGGCACAUUCCGUCUUGUCUCCUUUCUUGUGCAUGGGACUUAGUAUGCUGAGGUUCCAAUCUUCCAGUAUGCGUUCUUCUAGCCAGAUUGCGCAGAUAAGCUGAUGCAUACGCCUUAUCAGCGCGUCGCCUCCGGUCUUAAAUAGUUCAGCGGGUAACCCGUCGGCUCCAGCUGCCAUGUUUUUCUUUAGUCGGGUCACUGCUACCUCAUUCCGACUAGGAGGUAAACAUUCUAUACCAUCAUCGUUUCCAACAUCUCAUAAUCUUUCCGCAUGCCCUACACAAGCUAUCACUCGCGGAACUGAUUUUGGACAAUUGAGCCCAUAGUCAUAUGUGUCUCGUUAUGAUACCGAAUGCUAUACUGACCUCCUUCCUACUUCCUUUCACUAAUAGCCUCGUCUUCUCACGACCCGUGUCUCCCCAUAGGAAUUUUGCCGUACUAUAAUAUAUUUCAAAUAUUUUUCUAAUGGCAUUUUGAGAAUUUGAAGUGAAAAGGAUGGCAAUUUUUUUUAGACCAAGCGCAACGUACUUUGUAGUUGAAGUUAGUUUUGUUUUCUUUUGGCGUAUGCAUCACAACCUGCGAAGAUUUCGGAGCAGUGGAGUAUUGUGGGCAAAAUGUAGGUUUUAGCUAUAAUAUUUUAAUCUUUAGGGGAUUAAAUGCCUGUGUAUGCCAUAGAUUCAUAUGCAUUCAGUAUACAUUGCCACAAACAACAAGGAUUUGGUAUGACCAGUGCAAAACUUCAUUGAAAAUUAUGCCCAGAUUUUUGGCCUUAUCAACAAUUUCGAUGGAUGAAGUUAAUAGCUCUAAGGUGAGACUGGAUCUAACGGUUCCAUUCUUAUUUUGAACAAUAAUUGCCUAGUUAUAUACCCUGAAGAGAUCUGCGUUGAGAUAAUGUACACAAGCAUCAAAACAAUCCGUGUCGGCUGAUAAAUACAAUUGUACAUUUUCGCCGUAGGAGGCCAUCGUGGAGCAGAGUAGGCAUGUGACGCCAAACGCCUGGGUUUAAACCCCGUCGCGAACAACAGAAAAUUUUUCAGCGGUGGUUAUCCCCUUACUUAUGCUGGCUACAUUUGUGAGACAUCCUGCCAUGUUAAAACUGCUUUACCGUGUGGUGUCGCUAUACGGCACGCCGCUCGGACUAGCCAUAAAAAAGCUUAAGCUUGAGCUUAAAUAUUAAUCGGACUGUACUCAUUGAUAUGAGAGAACAUCGAGUAUAUUGUUGCCACACAUAUGAAUAUUAGCAAAUCGGGCUUCCGAGAAUGGAACCUUGUGGCACUCCUCUUGUCAGUGGCAGUAUAUCCGAGUAAUUACAACCGUUGUUAGUUUAUUGCGAUCUUUGGAAUAAAUACGAGGAAAUACUAUUUUCCAUGUUGUGUUAAAUGUAUUUCUCAUUAUCAAAUUAUUAAAAAUAUAUGUGGUGUGUUUCAAUAAACAUGGAAUAGUCAUUUGACAAAAUUUGGGAUUGAUGUCACCCUAACCGACAGAGUUUGAUGUUACAGCUUUAAGGUGUUUGUGUGACCAAUUGGAAAGUAUACUCAGACUUUUUUUUUUUCAUUUGUCCCGAUCGCCCUUCGUUUUUUCUUUGGUUGGGCGGUCAGCCGAAUUUUGUCCUAAAUUCGAAUACCAGAUUCGUACUCUACACCCAUAGUCAUAUCAUUUGAAUGCCAAAUUGUCUUGGCAGGCCGACAUCUACAUCGUUUUAUUAAGGUCCCUCAAUGUCGAAAUAUACAUAUACAUGGCCUGGGUUUUUUGUGGGCAGGGGAUUCCAAAGUCCACUGGAAAUUAGUAUUUGAUUUUGUUGACAGAAAGAAAUGCAGAAGUGAAUCUUCCACUCUGUUUUGCUUCCCUGCGUUUUAUGUAAGUCUGAACCGGGUUUUCCUACAGUCAAAUGUAUUUGUCCUUGGGCCAAAUAAGCGACAUAUGCCAAAGUUUGAUGAAAAUUGUACAACAAAUAUAGAGUUGACAUUGAUUUCAACAAUGAAUAGGCAGAAAGACGGACAUUGCAUAUCGUAUAAGAAAGUCAAUCUGAGUUGAUCGGACUACAGAUGAUGCAAGUAUCUCUCAAAGGAAUUCUCAAAAAUAUAUAAAGCUAUAAAACACUGUUUAAAUGCAGUAGUAUGGGAUUUAAUUGCGGACCUUAGAAACAUUAUCUUAGAAUUCGUUUUUUUACAUUUUUUUAACAAGUGUUAUUUAAAUCAUUAGCAUAACUAUCCCACAAGUUACAAUUUAUCAACAAAUCGACAAUCAGAUUUUCCAAUUUAUACUGUUUUUAUACCCACCGCCAUGGAUUGAGAGGUGUACUUAUCUAGUCAUUCCGCUUGUAACACCUCGAAAUAUUGGCCUGAGACUCCAUAAACUAUAUAUAUAUAUUCUUUAUCAUCUUGACAUUCUGAAUCGAUCUAGCCAUGUCCGCCCAUCCGUCUGUCGAAAUCACGAUAGCGUUCGAACAAAUAAAGAUAUCCGCUUGAAAUUUUGUACAGAUAUAUUCUUAUCGAUGUAGGUCGUUGGGGAUUGCAAAUGGGCCAUAUCGGUUAGGAUUUGGAUAAAACUUCCAUAUAUAGCAAUCCACAGUUUUGAUUUCUUGAGCCCCUAGGGGCCUCAAUUUUCAUCCGAUUUAGCAGAAGUUUGGCGCAAGGACUUCUGUUUUGACUUCCAACCAGAGAACUGUAUAUGAUCCAAUAUUUGGCACAUUCAAUGGACACUUAUGUUUGUUUCGCAUGCCACCACAAAAAAAGUUUCAUAUAACUUUAAAAUUAAGUUAUAACUUAAUAUUUAGGUGGCAUAUUAUUUAAAAUUUUAACUUAAAAAUUAGGUUAUCACUUAAUUUUAAGUUACAUGCGGAACAAAACAUGACUGUGUAUUAAGUGUUUUUCAUAAAUGUCUAUUGAGUGCCAAAUGUUGGGUCUUAUGCAGUUCUCUGCCGUGUAUGAUCCCAGGCGGUCAAUAAACUGGUAUACUCCCAUAUAAACCGAUUCUCGGAUUUGAAUCCUUGAGCCCCUAGACUUCCACGCCCUGACUUCCAACAUUCAUGCCAAGCAUGUUCCGAAUUUGUCUAUACACCUAUUCCCUGAUAUGACUACUUGAAACCAUGGGAGCCGCAACCAAUUUUCAAUUUGGUUGUUGUAUAAUUAUUCAAUUACGCAUUUAGUUAAUAUAGGCAAAUUUUUAACGCUAGAAACCCAUUUUUCCGAUUGAAGGCAAUGGACAAGUGCUCACUUUCUAACUUUCGUGACGAUUAGAUCGUAAAUGAUUCCAGACGAUAAUUAGUAUCUUUGGAAUGACGAGGUCACUUUAUGAUAAUGGGCACAAGUGAAACUGCGUUUUGUCACAUACAUGUCUUUAUUCGUAAUCGGCCAUGCCUAUUUUGCCACAGAAUCAUUUGACGACGUUAAACGUCAGCGCAGAAACCACAGGAUGAUGGUAGUUCUACGCACACAUGUGUAAUUGCAUUUACAUCAAUAACCAUGGACAUCUAGUUAUACAUAUACAUUUUAAAUAGAUAUUAAUAAAAUAUGUAAUAAGUAAAUACAUAACAAAUAACAAAAAAAAAUAUCAGCCAUAAAAUACUCAUUAAUUUUGUUGCCCAUCUGUAAUUAUUUAUUGUAAAUAUUAUACUAAGCACAUACCAACAAAAUUAAAACAAAACAAAAACGUAACGAAAAUUAAAGUAAAUAUUAUGUAAUCAUCUAAAAGCAACAAAUGCAGCCACCCCAUUCACAAAAAAAAAAAAAAACACAAAAAUAAAAACAGUGAAAGAAAAUAUAAGAAAAACCAAAACAAACAAACGUCAACACCUAUGAUCCAUAUAAAUAUAAAAUGUUAAUUUAAUUAAAUUAAAUAUUUAGAUUAAAAAUAAUUCAAAGUGAAAUUAAUAACAAGUGUUAAAUAAAUUAUGAUUUCAUAACUUUUAAACAUUAACAGAUCAAGAGCAACCCCAUUUUGAAACAAUGACAUAAUAACUUAAUAAAGAAAGAAUGAAUGAAUGAAAAUACACAAACUAAUAAUAAAUGUAACAAA